AUGCUUACCAGCAUUAAAAAUGAGGAGAUUCUUGUUGAGUUGAAAAAUGGUGAAACAGUCAUUGGCAAAUUAUCGAACUGUGACUCUUGGAUGAACUUAACUUUGUCAAACGUCGUUCAUAACUAUAACAAGGGAGAAAAAUUCAACAAAAUAGAAGAAAUCUAUAUCCGUGGUAGCCAUAUAAAGUAUCUUAGGUUGCCUGAUCUGGUAUGUUGA